AUGGCGGCCGCCGCCCUGGCCCCGCCGGACCCCCCGCCCGCCGCUGGGCCCGGGGCCGGAGCCGGGGCGGGAGCAGGGCCGGGAGCAGGGCCAGGGCCAGGGGCCGGGGCCGGGGCUGGAACCGGGGGCCCCGCCGCCCGCCGCGACCUCUACUGGCUCCGCUCCUUCCUGGCCGGAGGUAUUGCCGGAUGCUGUGCCAAAACAACAGUUGCUCCCUUGGAUCGCGUGAAGGUUUUAUUGCAAGCUCACAAUCACCAUUACAAACAUUUAGGCGUCUUUUCCACACUGUGUGCCGUCCCCCAGAAGGAGGGCUACCUCGGCCUGUACAAAGGGAACGGGGCCAUGAUGAUUCGCAUCUUCCCCUACGGCGCCAUUCAGUUCAUGGCGUUUGAGCACUAUAAAACGUUCAUUACGACAAAAUUGGGCAUUUCUGGUCAUGUGCACAGAUUGAUGGCUGGAUCCAUGGCAGGCAUGACAGCCGUUAUCUGUACCUACCCCCUUGACAUGGUCCGGGUCCGGCUCGCCUUCCAGGUGAAAGGGGAGCACACGUACACGGGCAUCAUCCACGCCUUCAAGACCAUCCACGCAAAGGAGGGCGGUUUCCUUGGCUUUUACAGAGGCCUAAUGCCAACUAUCCUGGGAAUGGCUCCGUAUGCAGGGGUUUCGUUUUUUACGUUCGGCACCUUAAAGAGCGUCGGACUUACUCAUGCUCCAACCCUUCUUGGCAGACCCUCAUCCGAUAAUCCGAAUGUCUUAGUUUUGAAAACUCACAUCAACUUGCUUUGUGGUGGUGUGGCCGGAGCCAUAGCGCAGACAAUAUCCUACCCAUUUGAUGUCACACGUCGGCGAAUGCAAUUAGGAACCGUUCUUCCAGAAUUCGAAAAGUGCCUUACCAUGCGGGAGACCAUGAAGUACGUGUACGGACAGCACGGCAUCCGCAGAGGCUUAUACCGGGGCCUGUCCCUGAACUACAUUCGCUGCAUUCCAUCCCAAGCCGUGGCUUUCACGACUUACGAACUCAUGAAGCAGUUUUUUCACCUGAACUGAAAGAAGAAAUGUGAUUCUUUUCCUUUAUAAGUUCUCAGAGGUAGAAAUCAAAUUCUCGCUGUCAUAUUGGGGCACCUUACUUGAAGGGGGAUGUUUCAUG